GUCCGCCUCACCCCCGGGCGCUGAUCAUAAAGGUUCCAUCCCAUGGGCAGUGCGCUGCGCUCGUUGUUGUGUCGGUUCCUGGCCGCUGAAGUGUGAGCGGGCACGGGCUGAACCGGGAAUGGAGGCGGGCGAUCGCCGGAAUGGCUCUUCUGGGGGCUCCGGCUCCUUCCAGCGGGAGUUAACCCGAGGCUUCGCCUACUACACUAAGCACCUAGCCAGGCUGCAUCAGAAUCUGCGAGACACUAAGAGAUUCUUCCGGGACAUAAAGCACACGUACAGCGGAGGGCCGGACUCGGAGCUGAACGCUGGAGAGCUCGGUCAGCUGAAUUGCAUCAGUUUUUCACGACAAGAAGAAGACUACUUGAAGGUGAUUGUUCGCUGUCGGCCAUGUCUGUUUGUCCUGGGACAGAACUGUGCUGCUAGAAGCCGAAUGGUUAAUGCACUUUUAGGGGAUCACCUUUUACCAGUUGGCGUGUGUUGCAACCCCGAAACCUGCAAGAGGAGGCGCAUCCGUUUUAGGCAUGGGCAACAGACGCUGGUGAGCUUGUCAUUACCGGACCAGUAUGAACUAGUUCAUCAGCUAGUAGCCCAUCAGGGCAAGUGGCAUACCAUUCCUGAUGAAGACUUGGAGGUGCCAGAGGACGAGGAGGACCCUGCACACAGGCUGGCAGAGUUAGAGGUGACUCUGCCUCAUCAGUUGCUUCAGGAUGUUGACAUUGUGGUUUCUCCUUGUCGUGGAUCUCAACCUGCAGCCACUACCCUGGAAGAUUAUAUUGACCAUGUGCAGUCAGUGGUUGUAUAUACCAUAAGUGAGGACCGCCUAUCUACGCAGGAUGAAGAGGAGCUUACUGAUCUUAAGACAAAGUAUAAAGUUCCCAUCUUCUUUAUUCGAACAACUCCUAAGGACAAACUGAUAAGUAGCUCAGAUGGUGGGCGCUCAGCACUACACGAGCAGUUGACAGAACUUGGCUUUCUGAAAAGAGGUUUAUGUAGCUGUGGAGCUGCAGGGUCUGGUAGUCCAGCCCCAAAUGUUCUGGUUGAACAGUUUGAGAAGUUGCGUCAAAUCGGCAGUUUCUCCCGGCAAGUGCUGCAGAUGCACCUAGUUGAUGCAGCAAUGGUCCUUAAUAUGGUGCACAGUCGUUGCUUAGACUUGUUUAUCAAUAAGGCUUUCGACAUGAGGAGAGAUCUUCAGAUUACUCCUAAGAGACUAGAAUACACCCGCCAGAAGGAGAGUGAGCUUUACGAAUCUCUCAUGCGAAUCUCUGAUCGCAAACAAGAAGAACUGAAGGACAUGAUUGUAGAAACUCUGAACAGCAUGAGGGAGCAACUCCUGGAGGAUGCUGCCAACAUGGAAUUCAAAGGUAUCGCCAUCCCACAAAAUGGUGAGCCUCUAGGAGCCCAGGAAGUGAAAAACUGCAUCUUUCAGAUCAAAGAGCUGAUCAUUUCACGGCUCAACCAAGCUGUGGUGAACAAACUGAUCAGCUCCGUGGAUUAUCUGCGAGAAAGCUUUGUGGGGACUCUAGAAAGAUGUCUCCGUAGUCUGGAAAGGUCCCAGCAAGAGUGUUCUUCUCAUAUAACAAGCAACCACCUGAAACAGAUCCUGAAUGCUGCCUAUCACGUGGAGGUCACUUUUAACUCUGGAUCCACCGUCACCAGAAUGGUGUGGGAGCAGAUAGUCCAGAUAAUACAGCGCAUUACUUGGGUGAGUCCCCCAUCCAUAACCCCUGAAUGGAAACGCAGGGUGGCUCAGGACGCUAUUGAAGGCUUGAGUGCCUCUAAACUUGCAAAGCGGAUCUGCAGCCAGUUUUGUAAGCGUCUGAAAAGCUCUCAUGAAGCUUUUGCAGCAUCUCUCAAACAGCUUGAGGUUGGUCACUCUGGCAGACUUGAAAAAACUGAAGAUCUUUGGCUAAAGGUUCGUAAGGAUCAUGCCCCACGCUUGGCACGACUAUCACUGGAAAGUAGAUCUCUGCGGGAUGUUCUGCUACAUGGCAAGCCAAGACUGGGCCGAGAGCUGGGAAGGGGACAGUACGGUGUUGUGUACUUGUGUGAUAGUUGGGGAGGCCAUUUCCCUUGUGCUUUAAAGUCUGUUGUACCCCCAGAUGAGAAGCAUUGGAAUGACUUGGCACUGGAGUUUCACUACAUGAGGUCGCUGCCAAAACACGAGCGCCUAGUGGAUUUGCACGGCUCUGUGAUUGAUUACAGCUAUGGCGGAGGCUCAAGCAUUGCCGUUCUGCUGAUCACAGAGCGUCUUCAUAGGGACCUCUAUGCAGGUCUUAAGUCUGGACUUUCUCUGGAGAUCCGGUUGCAGAUUGCCUUAGAUGUGGUGGAAGGCAUCCGUUUUCUACACAAUCAGGGCCUGGUCCACAGAGAUAUUAAGCUAAAGAAUGUACUGUUGGAUAAAACGAACAGGGCAAAGAUAACUGAUCUGGGUUUCUGCAAGCCGGAGGCUAUGAUGUCUGGCAGCAUUGUAGGAACUCCUAUACACAUGGCACCAGAGCUCUUUUCAGGAAAAUACGACAAUUCUGUGGAUGUUUAUGCAUUCGGGAUCCUGUUUUGGUAUAUUUGCUCAGGAUCAGUGAAACUUCCAGAGGCCUUUGAGAAAUGCUCAAGUAAAGACCAUCUGUGGAAUAAUGUCAGAAAAGGAGCACGUCCUGAGAGGCUUCCAGUCUUUGAUGAGGAGUGCUGGAAGUUAAUGGAGGCAUGCUGGAAUGGAGACCCUUCUCAGCGACCCCUUCUGGGCAUUGUGCAGCCCAUGUUACAGGGUAUCACGGACAGACUUUGCUGUAACCAGGAGUCUAGCAAAAACCUGGAAGAUUCAACCUGAAGAUAAGCACUUGUGGAUGUUUAGAUGCUGCCUACUGACUCCUUGUACAGAAGGAAGGUGAACGCUCCUUGUACGACCUGGCACUCCUAGCCCUGUGCAUGUUGUCUUACAAUACAGUGACGCUAUGGAAUGAGCUUUUCCAUGUUCUCGCAUGUAGUCGCCUUCUGACCCUAUUUACUCCAAAGGACUGGUGGCUAUGGGCAGACUUGAAGAAGUUCCUGUUCAUAGGAUUGUGGUAUGUUUACAGAGCUUGCUCAUGAACCAUCUCUUGAGCAUGGAAUAGUGAUGGGUUCUUGUUCCUUCCAUGAAAAGUCACUGUAUGUGGCUUUUUUGAUUGGGAAGGAAUUUUAUGCUCCAAAUAGAAUCUAUACACAACUGAACACUAUUGGGUUGUACCAGAGAUGUUCCCUUUUAAAGGCCUGUUACCUCCCCUCUUUUCACCUAAUUUUCAGUACGCUGUCAGUGCCGUUGUUUCCUCUGGUAUCGCAGUCAGUUGUCUUAUACUACACACCGCAUUCAACCCAUGGUGUGGAAGACCUGAUUGGAUUUUCUAAUUCUGUGUUUAAAGGUGCUGCACGUUUUAAAAGCACUAUAUAUAUAUUUUUUUUUUCUUUUCUUGUUUUCUUUUUUUCUUUUUAUAUUUUCUAUUUUCAUUUUAAUUCUGUUACCCUCUUAAAUCUACAGGAAUCAUUCAGUAAGGUUCAUACCAUUAUGCACUCUAGGUAUUGGGAGAGAAUUCUGGGAACAACAGCUGAACAAUGUAUAAUAAAAAGUUUCGUGCAACUUUCUGUUAUAAUUCCACCAAGUUUUAAAGAUGCGCUGGCUGUCAGUGAAUGGACCACUCCUGCUCACCAAGGAGCAUGGCUUAUGGCUGUGUACCUAUGUCAGCAGGACACAACCAGAGCAAGGUUUCGGCCUCUACGUGUAAACAAUGCAUGUUUCCAUUAGCUGACAGCAAGCAGGGAUUUUGCGAAGUGAGGAAUCGAUUACAUCAAGUUUAUUAGAAAGCUUUAAAACUUUUUAAGACAAGAAUAAACCUAAUUUGGGGUACGGCCAAACGUAGCUGGUCCGCAGCGGAAAAUCCACAGCAUAUCUACAUCGCAAAGCGUUGGAGCCACAUCCACAAUUGACAUGCUGCAGAUUUAAUAUCUGCGCUGCCUGUCAAGAUAUGUGCAGAUUUCAGUGCAGAAAGUCAGCAGUGUUUUGGAUGAGAUUUGUGAAUGUGACAGAUUUUCUGCAUGCAGUUCUGCUGUGGAAAAUCUGCAGCGUUUCCACUACAUGUGGCCAUUUCCUAAACCUAAAAUCUGUCACUGGUACCUAUAGUAUAUAAGUACUCUUUCCGCUAAGGUUUUAAGCAUUUCACUGUGUUCCAGGGACCAGUAGAAUUGACAGUGCUGAUGGUUUUUGAUGUGUCGUGCAUUGGUUUACUUAGUAAUGAAACACUAUCAGCCAUGAGCAGUGACUAGCUUUCUGUCCUGUGAUGUACUGUACUUGUAGUGCUCCUUUGUACUGUUAUAUGACUGUGCUCCUGUUAAACCUCACAAAGGACGUGACGUGUAAACUAUGGCAACAUGGGCUCCAAGUUUUAGAAGUUUGAUGGUCUACAGACUCAGUUUAUUAAUAAUUUUAUUAAAAGCUAUAAUAAUAAA